GCAGGGCCGUGCUGGAGCCGCCCACCCGUCGCGCGUACCAGUCGCUGAUCGCGACCAUGGCGACGCUGCUGGGCGGAGAGGCCAAUUACGUGGACCUGGUGGACACGGUGGUCAGCGUGGACAGCGUGCUCGUGCGCCAGCCCGCCGACGACACGCGGCUCGCGGUGCCCUGGACGCGAAUCUACACCGUGCUGCCCGGAACCACGUACCAGAUGUGGCUGCGGCCGUUCGCCAAGUACCACCCGCUCGGGAACACCGUGCGCGGUCUCGACCCCGUACAGGUGCACAGCCCGCGGUACUUCAACUCCCUACUGACGGUACUGCUGGAGAACGUGGCCAACGGCCGCUCGUCGUGGUACGUGGGCUGGCGGCUGGUGAUGACGCUCGGCUGCCAGACGUCGUACGAGUUCCGGUCGCUGCGGCAGACCAAGUUCCUCUGGCCCCGGGGUCAGUGCGGGGCCCUGGACGUUCACACGCACUGCCGGGCGCUCGCGCAGAGGCUCAUGCGACCGCAGUGGCAGGGAUUUCUCACCAAGGUUCUGCUGUCGCCGGACGCCGUAUUUGAAGUGCUGGGCGUCGUGAAGCGCGUCCGAAGCACCUUGGAGGAACGGCUGCGGCAGGCCACCUGGAUGGACCCAGAGACCCGCGUGCGCGCCUUCACCAAGCUCGAGGCCCUGCGCGAGCAGCUGCCCAAGUUCUUCGUGUUCGACGGCCGCACGCCCGAGUACGAGCGAUACGCUCGACUGCCGGACCUCACGCCUUCUUUCCUCGACAACUGGCUCGCCUUCAGGCAUGCCCUGGGCCCCGGCGUGGACCCGCCCCGCACCGCCAACGGCUCCCAGGUGUCGGCUGGCAGAAGCGAACCCGACGAGGAGGAUCUGCUGCACUUCGAGGUCGCCUACGAGGCGGCAGCCAACGAACUGCGUCUUCACGUGGACGUGUUGGCCCGCCCCGUGUACAGCCGCGGCGCGCCCGCGCCGAUCAACUUCGGUGCUCUGGGCGCCAUCGUGGGCCGCGAGCUGACGCACGCGUUUGACCGAGAGGGAGCCCUGGUCGACGCCGUCGGGAAGCCUAACCUUUGGUGGUCUCCCGAAACGCAGAGGAAGUACGAGAUGCGCGAGCGCUGCUUCCUGGGCCAGCUGACGCGUCACGUGAACGACUCGACCGGCAAGCUCCUACGGCACGUGGUGUCCGUCAGCUCGGGCCUGCGGCUCGCCUUCUUCGCGCACAAGGCGCACGAGCUGGAGAGCGGCAAGCGCGAGACGCUGCGCGACGUCACCGCCAUGUCGGGCGACCAACUCCUGUUCGCCAGCUUCUGCUACACGCACUGUCACAGCGUGGGCAAGCUGGGCGAAGUGCUCGACCUCCGCUUCGGUCGUCGCACCCUCGGCGAGCUGCUGUGCAACGUCGCCGUCACCAACAUGCUCGAGUUCUCCGAGGCCUUCGGGUGCGCCGACGACGCCAAGAUGACCUCAGCGGUCAAGUGCCGCAUCUGGUGACGACGCGACCGAGAAGCAGCGACGUCGUCGGUGUCGUGUCGUAGCCAUUGGGGCCCGUCGCUUCCGUGUCGACGUGGCGACGUGAAACUCAUUUUAAUGUCCGUAUCGUUCCUUCCAU